GUCGGCCGGGCCGAAAAAAUUGACCCUAAAAGCUGCCUGAACGUGCUAAUUUCCACACCCUUGUCUAUACUACCUACCUCCUGACACAUGGCAAGUCAUUAUCGCAUUCCUGCUUAAAGUGUUGCAAUACUUUUGACCCACUAAAUCUCACCUUCCAAGAUGUGGGUCAGAGCUGCUCCGUACCACCUUCUUAUUCAGGCUUACUGUCAGACAACAGGCAUGUUACGCUCCUUCACUCCUCUAUUCCUUCGGCUAGCUCAGGUAGGAUAUUGCUAAAUUUGCCUGCAACUAGAGUCCCAUGCAAUUUCAGGGUGAGCAACAAGCUUACGGCUGGUCGCUGUUAAAUAGAGGCCAUGGCGGCUCAUAUCGAGUUCGUUCUUUAUGCGCUACAAUCACACUCCUUGAAUCUUUUCGUUCGCGUCAUUCCUUUAGAUCAGUUAUUUUCGUUCACGUCAUUCCUUUAGAUCAGUUAUUUCAGCACGUGUAUUUAUAUCAUGUCCCGUCAACUUGCACUUGUUGCUGCUUCGGCGUCGCUGGCCUUUGCUGCCACCAUCCCUGUGAUCCCCCGGGGCACAGGCGCAGGCGUUACUCCUCACGAGCAGUACUCGUCCUCAGUCGGCGUUGUCGGCUGCAAGAUCAACACCAACCGUGUGGCCUAUUGGCCCAGCGCAGUCGACUGCAACGACAUCUGCGUCAAGGUCACCUACGAGGACCGCUCCCUCAACAUCCUCAAGAUUGACACCUCUGGCGGCGCGUACGACAUCUCCUACGACGCUUGGAACUACCUCGGCUUCGGCCAAUCUGCGAAGGACGACCCGCAAACUGGAGGAGCUAUUGAUAUGGAGUAUAAGGUCGUUGACCCUAGCGAGUGCGCCGAUAUCAUGGACAACGGCAAGCUGCCCCUCUUGGCAGCCAACAGCAUGGACUUUCUCUCUUCGUGCCUUAGCCAGCCCGACAGCUUUGUCGCCCAAAACUACGUGCUCUACAACAUCGUCGACCCUGUCUGCCACUAUGGCAUCGACGAGGUGUGCACCCUCGACCUCUCUGUCAGCAACCAGCCCUCGUGCCCCAGCGGUCUCGGCAACGCCGCUCCGCUGGACGAACCGGUGUAUAACAUCCAGUACGGAACCGGCAAGGAGGUUGCCGCCUAAGAGGAUUCUCCCCUGUCUUGCGGAAAGCUGUAUAUCCCUGUCACGAUGUACAUACUCAAAUAUACUAGAAUGCUCAAGAUUGCCCAAAAUAUCACAGACCAAAAUGCCCGAGAGGCUGCGAGUUGAUAUUAUCCCGUAUCGGAAACUACUACAGGUCGAAUUCCCCCAAGCCAGGUACAUUCGUAAAAAGGUCAUCCAACCACAAAGAAUCAUCGGUCAGAGCCUGGGUAUCCCAGCACCACUCUGAUUCAAGGAAGAUAAAUGGGGUGUCACGGAUAGAACGAAGCUCUCUAAGUGUUCC